UCAGCGGCAGACUCGCUACUCUCUCUCUCUUCAGCUCAGACAAGCGUCUCACUUUUCAUGUAGCUCACAUUCAACACUCGUGAAGCCGCUAGUUCGUCUUUCGCUGUGGCUUUACUGCACGGGUUCGUCACGGUUACUCAAUCGUUUCACGUGCAGUCCUGUUUUUCACGUCAUUUCGGUCCUCUGGACACUUUCUUCAUUUACACUGCAGGCACACAACAGGCUGCUGAGCCUUUUAAACAGAGAGUGUUUCAAAUGAGAUGCAAAUUGCUUUGCGGGUGACUUCGAUGUCGUGCGUUGUUACUUUUACAGAAGUUUAACUUCAUUUUCAAUGUAACGUUUCGCUCGCCGCAUCCUCCUGAAAGGUUGCGUGCAGCGAACGUCGGAUUUAAAUGGAUUGAUUUUUCAGCUCGCGUCGAAGAGUAUUUUUAGAAUUUUAUUUUGGUUUAUUAGGAGCAUCUAUCUUUUUAAAUAUGAGCGAAAUAAACACAGAAGAAGACAGUCAACAUGAAAACGGAGGAGAUCAGAGCAGCAAGGACUCAGAUCGCCAACUGCGUUUGAGACUGUGCGUUUUAAAUGAAAUAUUGAACACUGAACGGGAUUACGUGAAAAACUUGGCAUUUCUACAGUCGGCUUUUCUUCAAAGAAUUAGACAGACUCCAGAAAACCUUCAAUGUCUCACACCAGAGCAGGUCAAGAUCUUAUUCUCCAACAUCGAAUCUAUUCUGGAUGUCCAUCGCGAGUUUCUUUUUGCCUUGGACAGGAGUCUACAUCCUGAACCUCAGUCGCAUCACUCUCUCGGAAACGUCUUUCUCCAAUUUAGGGAACGCUUUUCUGUGUAUGGGGAAUACUGUAGUAACCAUGAGAAAGCGCUCAGACUACUGAUGGAGUUAAACAAGAUCCCUCACGUGCGGACUUUCCUGCUGCACCUUAUGCUGUUGGGAGGCAAAAAGAGCACAGAUGUUCCUCUUGAGGGGUACCUGCUUUCUCCCAUCCAGAGGAUCUGUAAAUACCCUCUCCUGCUAAGGGAGCUUUUGAAGAGGACCCCUAAGAAGCAUUCAGAUUACCCUGCAGUAGAGGAAGCCCUGCAGGCCAUGAAAGCUGUGUGCUGUAACAUCAAUGAGACCAAGAGACAAAUGGAGAAAUUAGAAGCUCUUGAGAUACUGCAGUCACGCAUAGAGGGAUGGGAGGGAACGAACUUGACCGAUAUUUGCACAGAACUGCUACUUCAAGGCAACUUGCUAAAGAUAUCAGCUGGAAACAUCCAGGAGCGAGUUUUCUUCCUGUUUGACAAUCUCCUGGUCUACUGCAAGAGGAAAUCUAGGGUGUCAGGCAAGAAAUCCACCAAGAGGACAAAAUCCAUCAACGGGCCGCAGUUUGUGUUCAGAGGCCGUAUCAACACUGAGGUCAUGGAGGUCGAGAAUGUGGAAGAUGGAACUGCGGAUUAUCACAGUAACAACUACACAGUAACCAAUGGUUGGAAGAUUCACAACACGGCCAAAAACAAAUGGUUUGUUUGCAUGGCAAAGAAUGCUGAAGACAAACAGAAGUGGCUGGAUGCCAUUUUAAAGGAGCGUGAACAGAGAGAGAGUCUGAAGCUGGGGAUGGAGCGAGAUGCUUAUGUCAUGAUCGCAGAGAAGGGAGAAAAGCUCUACCAUAUGAUGAUGAUCAAGAGCCGCCACCUUAUCAAAGAUCGACGCAGGAAACUCACCAAUGUACCCAAGUGCUUCUUGGGAAAUGAGUUUGUCUCAUGGCUCUUGGAAAGUGGAGAGAUCAGUAAGGCUGAGGAGGGAAUCAACCUGGGUCAGGCUCUUCUGGAGAACGGCAUCAUACAUCAUGUCUCAGAUAAGCACCAGUUUAAGAAUGAGCAAGUGUUGUAUCGCUUCCGUUACGAUGACGGCACCUAUAAAGCCAGGAGUGAGAUGGAGGACAUCAUGUCAAAGGGAGUGAGACUCUAUUGCCGUCUGCAUGGUCUCUUCACACCUGUUGUCAAAGACAGAGACCAUCACCUUAAAACGUUCAAGUCGGUUAUACCAGCUAGCAAACUGGUGGAGUGGCUUGUGUCACAGGGCGACUGUACGUGCCGCGAGGACGCGGUGACACUUGGCGUCGGACUCUGCAAUGCUGGUUUCAUGCAUCACGUUCUGGAGAAAACCGAAUUUAAGGACGAGUCUCAGUUUUUCCGUUUCUACGCCGAUGAAGAAACCGAGGGCACGGGCUCCAAAAGUAAACAGCAACGCAGCGACUUUAAACUCAUCGAAAACAUCCUUGCCAAAUCUUUAGUGAUUCAUCCUGAAGAGGAAGACUACGGCUUUGAGAUUGAAGAGAAGAACAAGGCCAUCAUAGUGAAAAGUGUGACGAAGGGCUCAUAUGCAGAGAUGGCAGGUCUGCAGUCGGGGAGGAAGAUCUACUCCAUUAAUGAGGACUUGGUGUUCCUCAGGCCCUUUUCUGAAGUGGAAAGCAUGAUCAACCAAUCCUUCUGUAUACGUCGCUCUCUCAGACUGCUGGUGGCCACCAAAAACAAAGAAAUUGUGAAGAUCCCAGAUGUUCACGGGACUCUGCCUUUUGUUCUGUCUGGUUCCUGUCCGCCUUAUGUGCAUGCAGUAAAAAAAGGUUCUGUUGCAGCAUCAGCGGGUCUUCAGCCCGGUCAGUGUGUGCUCAAAGUCAACGGCAACAACAUGAACCAGAGCAGCUAUCAGGACGUUCUCGAUCAUUUCAGCGGCCAUCAGCCAGUUCUGGAUCAGCAGGACACGAGCUGUGGUCAGUGGGCGUACCGUGUGUAUGAGGAUGUGGAGGAGCAGAUGUCUUUAAGGUCUUGUGAGAACGGCUCCGAUUCGGAGGAUGGCUGCACUAACGGAACAGGUUCCGUUAGAAGACUGGAACAGUUGUCCAUCUCUGAAGAUGGCCCUUCGGUCAGUCUCAACGUGGACAAUGUUCAUGUGGAACACGGGGUUGUGUACGAUUAUGUAAGCACGGCAGGGAUCAAACACUGCGUACUGGAGAAGAUGGUGGAACCCAAAGGCUGCUUCAGCUUGGCUGCAAAGAUACUGGUGGCCUUUGUGAAGGAUGACAGUCUGUUUGUAAAGAGCUGCCGGCAGCUCAUGUCUCAGAAUGACAAGGUUGUGUCCAUGCCACAGUUUGAGUUCCGAAACAUCUGUGACACCAAACUGGAAAGCAUAGACAAACGCAUUCGCAGUUACCAACAGUUUGUGGAGGAGCUACAGAUGAAGGCCUCACCUAUGUUUAAGCAGGCGAGCACUAAGCCUCACGUCCUGAACUGCAUGGACUAUGUCCCCACCAACUGUCACCUGAAUCUGAUGCAAGUGUCCUGCCCCAAAAACACCUCGACGGCUGGGCGAGCCUUCAGCAUCCGCUUCGGACGCAAAAACUCCUUCUUCGGCCUCGACCCUGACCAAGCUAAUCUGAAUCCAAUGUCUCACGCUGUACAUUGUGUGACCAGCAUGGCGGCCCCUUCCUGGAGCUGCCUGAGUUUGGAUGAAGAGACGGAGGAGGGAGAGGGCGUGGAGGAGAACGGCAGGAGGCUUGAAGAAGGAGGUCUCAGCUUCCUCCUCAAACAGGAAGACACGGAGAGCCAGGACAAUUAUAUCUGCCUCUACAAUCGCCUGGACAUCGCCGUACGAGAGAUGAAGCAAUAUGUGGCCCAGAUAGAUGUACUCCUAUCGUCCAUAACUGGACCGACCCAGCCACAGGGUUCUGAGCCCCCCUCAUUUGACAACACCUCCUCGACCUCUCCCAUACCAGAGGAAACGGACCAGGACAAGACAGAGCACGGCGGGAACAAGAGAGUGUGCUUCAAAGUGAAUGAAGAUGAUCAGGAGGAUUCAGGACACGACACCAUGAGCUACAGAGACUCCUACAGUGAAUGUAACAGCAACCGGGACUCGGUCCUGUCUUACACAAGCGUCCGGAGCAACAGUUCUUACCUGGGCAGUGAUGAGAUGGGUUCAGGAGACGAGUUGCCGUGUGAUAUGCAGAUUCCUCUGGACAAGCAAGAUAAACUGCAUGGAUGUUUGGAGCACCUUUUCAAUCAAGUUGACUCUAUCAACAGUCUGCUGAAGGGCCCUGUCAUGAGCAAAGCUUGCGAGGAAACCAAGCAUUUCUACACCGACCACAGUCAGCCAGAGUUUCGGCACACGGAUGACUGGACCGUACGCUGGAGGAACAUCUUGCUCAAGAACAUUCAAGAAGACCCUUGGAACCUGCCCAGUUCGAUCAAAUCUUUGGUCAACAGUCUUCAUCGCUUUGUAGAAGAUGGGAGGAGCCAGCUCUUAUUGGCGUUGCUUAAAUGCACAGACACAGAGCUGCAGUUGCGGCGAGAUGCAGUAUUCUGUCAAGCCCUGGUGGGGGCACUGUGUGCGUUGGCCGAGCAACUUGUGAACGCACUGAACCUGCGUUUCAACAAUAACGGGGAAUAUGAAGAAGACAGUAAAGAGGUCAGCCGAAAAUGGCUAGAGCAGAUCGCCUCCAUCGGAGUGAUUUUUAACUUUCAGUCCACACUCUCUCCACACGUGACUCAAGAGAGAAUCAUGCUGGAAGACACAAAAGCAGCACUUCAGGAUCUGGAGAAAGUCACCGUCCUGUUUCGCCCCCUGGAGAACGAGUGCCUCGUUCCAAAUACAUCAGUGCAUUACCAGGUAGAAGGCAGUCGACAGGCCAUCAGGGUCACCAUGUUCCUGGACAGCUGUCAGUUCAGCGAGCUUCCAACUCGGCUACAGAACGGAGGGUCUUUAAAACUUCAGUCUGUUCUCUUCACAAGAGGGCUGGAGAAACCAGAAGGUCUGUUGUCUCAGGAUUUUGUUGCAAUGGAAGAGUUUCAACAGCGCACAAACGCACUGUCGUUGGAAAAAGUCAAAGGUUAUUACCGUAAACUCAGGGCUUUUUAUCUGGAGAAGUCAAAUUCAGACUCAAAUUCCACUGCUAUGAAAAUUGACCAGCUUCUCCGACCACUUAACACCUUGGAUGACCUCUGUCGGCUAAUGCAGAAGUAUAUGAAAGUUAAUCCGACCUCUGCAGGUCAACCCUCUGAUGUCAGCGUUCUCCAGGUCUCCUCUGAGCUCUGCAGCCGUCUGGGAGCGUGUCACAUCACCAUGUGUGCUACUGGAAUGCAGAGGUGCACUCUGACUGUUUCACUGGAGCAGGCUGUUACUCUGACCAGAAACCACGGCCUGAUGCCUCGCUGCCUCAUGCAAACCAUGGACAUCAUGCGAAAACAGGGCACCAGAGUGGAGAUCUCAGCCAAAAAUCUCAGAGUAAUGGACCAGAUGCCCCUUUUUGCCCCGAGGCUCUUCAGGUUGUGUUUACCACCCUCCGAUGGAGAUCUUUGAAUGAGGUGACAACUCUCUCUGGCCUUCUGGUCUCUGAGAGAUAUCAGGACUCGCAAAAAGAGCUCUUAAUCAUUUUGAAACUGUCUCGCUCCUGGCCAGCCUCAUUUGGAGAGGUCUGGCUCAGGUCAGAGAAAUGACAACAGCCCGGCCAUCUUUAUCUGCCGCUCUGGCAGCUGGGAAAAUCGCAAUGCUAAUGAUGCUAAUCUCGACUCGCAGUGUCCGCCCCCACAUUUCUACAUUGUCGGAGUUCCUCCUAAAGUACCUGGACUGGCGUGUCGGAGAACAGAAGCGAAAGGCUUCUCAAUCCGCCCGCAAAAGGCAAUAUUAUUUUUUACUCUGCCUUUGACUGCAAUCUUAGUCAGCAAGUUCGGUGGGUCUGGUUUGGUCUGUUAAUGGUGAGGUUACGUUCAGGAACGUGGUGAUUAUGUGCAAUUACUGUAGCUUAGCAUGAGUGUGUCUGCACUAUGUGAUGGGAGGUCACGAUCUCAAACAGAGCGCUUGUGCUUCUCUCACUUGUAUCAGGUAUUAUGACAUUACUGAAAUCAUUCCGGCUACAUGGACCAGUUUAAGGCUGUUUUCAAUUCCAAUUCUUAUCUGUCCUUGUGUUUAAAGAUUUCAUUUGAUUUCGCUUAAUAACAAGAUUUUAUUAAAAAGUUCCAUCAACUUGUAACGAUGGAUAACAGGGAAUCAGAUGGAAGGUGAGAUAUAAAUCAGCCUAUGCCUAGAAAUACAAAAUGAAAAAGAUUUCACUGUAAUUAAAGUGUGUUGAUAUUAAAGGCUGAAAAACUAAGGUUGAUAAACUAAAAGAAAAAAGAUGUAAUCGUCUCUGGCCGUGUCUCUGGUGUAAAGCACUUUUUAAACAUGAAUCAAUGCUAUGUUACAGUGUGUAUAGUGCAGCCCUAUGGAAAAGCACAAUAAAAAGCUUGUGUUCUUCAUCAGUGUUUGUUAAAAGUACUGCACAUGGUAGAAAACAUGCAAAAGGGAACAUUUGAAAGUGAAUAGAUAUAGUAGGAUUUAUGAAAGUAUUUUAUUUAGGUAAAUAUAUAUAUAUAUAUAUAUAUGUAUCAGAGAGAUAAGCAUACUGUAUGCUCUUUGGGAACAUCAGUGCUAUAAUUUAAAGAGUAUUAAUAAUGUUAAAACAAACCAUUUAAUAUUGUACAUCUUUCAUUUUGUGUACUUAGUGUAUAUUUGGAUCGGAAACUUUAUUGUGCCUGUACACAAUCUGUUCAAUAUUUAAAUUUCUAACUGAGGUCAGUAACCGAGAAGGUCUGGAGGUUUAACAGUGUACCUGGAUACGUUCAGCUAAUAUGUACAGUGUUUGCAAUGCGCUAUAUUUGUUUAACUACGCAUGUCUUUUUAAUGUAUUGGUAUGUAUGUGAUCUUCAUGAAUCUUAACAGCAGCUAUUUACGUAAUGUAAUGUCAACAAUAAUCGUGUCAUCAUGUAGUUAUAUAUAUACUGUAUAAUUCAAAAGUUUGCUUGUAUUGUAGCUUAACCCAUCUCUCGCCUACAGUAUUAGCAUGAAAGUUAGAAGGUGCAUACCAUGUUGUAGUAUUAGUAUUACAUACAGUAAUUUUUUGUUGUUGUUGAAAAGCAAUACUUGAAUUCAUGCUAAUUCUUUGAUCAUCUUUCAAUAUCUAACUUUAGUGCUAGUAAUAUGCAGAAUUGUAACUCGUUGGUCUUUAAUGUUAUUGUUUGGUCCUCAAACAUUUUUUAAACUGGAAGCAAUUAUUAAUUGCGUUUUAUUAACAAAAACUUUGCUGUGUGUUUAUUGUACGUUUUAAGGGUCUUAACAAUUGCUCGUUACAGUAUAUACAAUGCUUUAUGAUGUCCACAUGAUUUCUUUUGAAAACCCUAAAUCUAGCUAAUCCCAAAGACAGAGCAUUAGUAUGUUCCUGAAGUAUCACUGUAUAUUAAAUCUCAGGUUCUUGCACCGUCUUGGUCCAUUAUUGUUCCCCCUUCAAAAGCUGUCAUCAUAUUGCAUAAUUUAACAUCACUAAUCAAUCAAACUAAAGCAUGUUUUUUUUUACCUAGUGGUAUUAUUUGCCAAUUUCUGCCUCAUUUUCAAGUGUACUUUCAGAAAAUGAUCAAUGGUGCUUAUAAUUCAAGCUUUUCUAAUGGGGGCCUUACAGUUUUCUUAUAGUGUUUAUCUCCGUUUUUUAACAGUUCAAAAAUCAGUUUCUAAAUCUUGCAAACUCAAGUUUUUAUUAUUUAUAUAACAGCUUAAAAAACUCACUGGUGGAGUUGUGGAGUACAGAACCUUCUAGUAUUUUACUUCUGCUAACUUGUCAUAUUUUAUUAUGUUUGAUGUCCAUCCUGCUGUACUGAACUUAAUUGCAUAACUGUGCAUUUUGUAUACAUUGAAUGGCUCUUAAAUGUUUGUGCUGGUCAUGUCAGCAUAUAUCCAGAUGUUUUAACUCUGUGUAGAAUAAAAGAAUUGUAUAAAGUU